AAUUUCUUGUAACAUGUCUUGCCAAUAAAUUUCCCAAUACUGGAAGUGCCGUUUAUUUUGCUUUUUCUUUUUCUUUUUCUUUUUUUUUUUUUUCUCGCCUUUGGAAACACGUUUGCGGGAGGGAAGAGCACAAUCGCGGCCGCAGAUUGGUGCGAGGAAACCCGACUCGGAUUUGGACGGAUUCUGCUCUUUUACGUACCAUUGAAUUCCUGCAGCAAUUCGCACGCAUCGAGCGCACGCUCGAAAAUCUGAAUUUAAAAAAAAAAAAAAAAAAAUCUUCACUUAUCAACAACACAAGUAAAAAUUUGGAAGAGUUGCUAUAUUGCACCGGUGUCAAACUCAAGGCCAUGGGGCCAGAUCCGGCCCACCGCAUGAUUUUAUGGGGGCCGCCAAAGCGGAUCAUGCGUCUCCACGGCCACGAUUUUUGUUCAAAUCUAUAGCAAGAUUUCAAAUUGUCAUAUCACAAAUGAUGACCAGUAAAGUGACAAUGAAAUAGGAUGCAGGGUCCUCAUUUCAAAUGCAAAGGGGUAAGAAAAUUCAUCCACCAAAGACACGUUUCUGAAGUGUUUGUUUCACGUUUGUGCCGAGCCGUGAUAAAAACUGCAAAGUUGUCAUUGACAGCCUUGAAAACGUUCCUUCUUUCCUCAGGCCUCGUUGUGUUUACGUCCGCUCUAAAGGCGUUCAACUUUAAGCCGGUCUGAUGAGAGCCACAUGAACGCGGCCUAUUGAGAUCAGUCCCAUGAACUUUCACCUUGCAGUGAGUGAAUCCAGUUCCGCUUUUGUAGAACCCGUGUGUGGAGCGCUCCCCACCUACUUGGCCCGGUUGGAACGGUUCGGACGGCGGGCACGUUCUCGCGCUCCGCUGCCCCGAGCGCGCAUUACGUCGAUUGCUGCCGCUCACUCGAAUCUGCGCUCUCGCACGUGAACCGACGACGGACGCAUGCCAAAGAACCGAGAGCUUUGUGAUUGUAGAGCGUCUGAGGCUCAGAUGCCUGACAGGAGUCCCCAAGCAUUUCCUGUACGCAGUAAAGCAGCAUGUUCUGCCUUUUGUGUGGUUGCAAGCUUCUCGCUGUUUUCCCGUAACUCUGCUGACGGGACAGAAAACGCAACUCUUCAACGUGCGUGACAGACAGGGAGGGAGAGAGGGAAAAGAAGUUGAAAAGAUUUUCUCAUGGAUGUCGAAAUGAACUCCGACACCAAGAGACGUGGAGGGUCCGCCCUUCUUCUUGUCUACUUUUCCGCCCGGUCGCGCGACAAGAGCGCAUUCGGCAUUCAGGAGUUUUUGCUGCGGGCCGCAUUGGAAAUUCACUCAGUUUGCAGCAAUCUUCGGAAAUAAAGUGCACAGUUUGCAAGCAAGGCACAUUUGGUGUCCAUUUCAGCAACGCGUGUUUGAAUCUUCAGAAACCGAUCCCGAGUUCUUCAACAGCGUGACACAGACUUGUGGUUUCCUUCCCUCGGAUAUCCCGCGCACAUCUCAGUCCACAAAGCCGUCUCUUGCUGGGUUUCUGGCAAUCUGGAGCGGAACAGCCCCGAGGAGCCGACAACAUGUUUUGCACUGGGACUCGGCGGCGUGGCGUGGCGUGUCCGGGAAGGCUACGGGUUAAUUUAAGACUGGAAGCAAAAGCUGUUGCCAAUUAGGAGCAGUGAGCACCACAUGUGGACCAAGCAUGUGGCUUUCGACACAAGGAGCAAAAGGGGGCAGAGACCGCUAAGCGCAGCAGAGCUCCAAAUCACUUGCCGCUUUACACACAUCGAUGCCCGGAGAAAAGGAAGCCGAAGGAUUAAGAUAACCUUUCACAGCGCCUUCCUUUCGCCACCUCGGCAUGGCACGUACCUCCGCUAUGUUUUUACUCGGUCUCGCUUUUUUACUGAGCAGAACCGAAAGCCUUUCCCAAAUGUGCCGGGGGCCGCGGUGCCUCCCUUCUCGGGGCCGGAGCGCGGUACGAGGCCCGACCGACCCUCACGCGGCGGCGUCCGGACCCGGACGGCAGCUUCGCCUCUCGCCGCAGCCCGGGCAAGGUCAAGCUCACCCCAGUGACCGUUGGCAGGACGCCAACAUCCACCAUCAACACAGAGGCUCGGCGCCGCUCACCGGACCCCACGCUGCGAGAACCAUCACAGCCGAGGUCUUUCACCCCGGCUGCACAGCCGGGACCUGCGCGACCGCUCAUCGGGCGACGCACGACGCCGGAGAAUGCAGCGGGACCGGGUGUAGUCCGGAUCCCCGCCUGCGGCAGAAGCCGAAGUCUUGCGUCGGCUGCGAUACGCACAAGGGAGACGACGCGGAACGAAACGGAGACAGAGAAGCAGAGUUUUCGGAGGGGGGAGCGCGGCUAGAGCUGACCUGCCGCAUGAAGUCAGGGAGCAACGUCGUUCCUUCCGACGACGCGAUCGUCCUGCGUCUGCAGCUGUACGAGGACCAAGACAAGCUUGCGGAGGCCCUGAAAGGCCAGCAAGAAGAGGUCAAAGUGAUGCAUCGACUCCUCAGCGAGCAACAGGGGGAGCUCCUCCAGCAGCAGAAAGAAAUACUGACGCAACAGAAGAGGAUGCAGGACUACGUGGAGCAAGUCAAGGCACAGUACAGCGUACUGCUGGACACAAUCAAACAAGCGUCGAUGCAGAACCUCCAGGAGGACCUGGACGGUCACAGGCAAGUCCUGAGCGAGCCGCGUCGUUUUCAGCAGGCCGUCCCUCUGGGCAAGGUGGACAUGGAGGCGCGUGUCAUGGAGGUGGGCCGUUCCCUCGCGGACUGCGGGAGCUGCGGCCCCGACGAAUACUGCGACUUCGCCGGCGCUCAACCCCGCUGUGACAAAUGCACCGUCUGUCCUGCUGGCUUCUUCCUGGUCUCGCAGUGUUCGCUCCACGCAGACAGAAUCUGUCAGGACAGAGAUGAAUGCCUUGAGCUCGCGGACCUUUGUCAAGAUCAACACAAAUGUGUCAACACGCCAGGUGGCUUUCGGUGCCAUGGAAUGACAGAGCGAGAAGCCAGAAGCGGCAUGUGUGGCCACGAACACUUCUACAACUUUGACAUGGAUGAGUGCCAGGCGUGUGCCGAGUGUGAAGGACAACCGGCGACCUCAGCGUGUACGUUCGCAACAGACACGGUCUGCGCUGGACCUGCUACUGCCGACGGUGCCCUCUCUCUGUCCUGGACCGGUGCUGUGAGUCUACCUGGCGCCAGAGGCCACCUGGUGAAUCUGGCCUCGCCGGGCGCGAAGCUUCACAUCGGGGCGGGGGGCGACACCGGCCUGGCGUCGGCUGAGGACGGACACCUGCUGCUGAAGAAACACGGUUUGCUGUGGCUCGACGAGAACCUCGCCGUCGACCACGGCUGCCGCAGCUUUGUUCAGGCGUGUUUGCGUACGAGCGUCCCCGACGGCUCGGAAAGCCGUGACCUGAGCGGCGUCAGGCUGGAGCAACGGGAAGCGAAGUCGCUGCAGGGCGUCAGCCUUAGCGGGGUGGCGGAGGUCGCCCCUGGUCACGUGAUCUCCGCUUCCCUGUGGAGCGUCAACCACUGCAACCGGAGCAACGAAGGUCUGCGGCUUCACGAGUCCUCGGCUGCUUCUCUCAGCCUCUUGUGGCUCUCCCACGACACCGGGGCCGUCGCCGUGACGGCGCAAGCCGCGCUCUCCGCCCACUACCACACAAACCACCGCCCUAGCUUUCGGAUCACCUCCACUUCGGACGCUUACGUCGUCGUGCCGACGCACGACGGCCGCGGGAUCCGUUUUGCGGAAAGUGGUUCCGUGCGCUUCGUAUUUCAGCAGGCGUUGUACUCCGUGGGCCAGGCGUGCGUGACCGAGGGGUUCCAAAUGUUGGCCUACCUCAACCGCAACGGUACGGCUGCGGAGCUGUGCCGGUCUUUCAAACCGGGUGUCCACUAUCGUGACACAUCCAUUUCUCUCUCUGGCACGGCGGACGUUGCUUCUGGCGACACGCUGGCCUUUGAGAUUCUGUCACCCGCCCAGUGCAACAUCCGUUUCUUCAGCGACAACACCGGCGUCAGCGGCCUCAGCUUGGUUUGGGUUCCGGCUGCCGUCUCCUCGUCCAUGCACGCCUCUGUGGCUCAGACGGGUCUUCCUUCAGGAGCCAUCCGUAACAAGCCUCUGUUCUUCAGCCGGACCGGUACCCAGGUGUCCCAAAUGGGGCUGGGCGGCCAGGGCGCCGCAAACUCCAGCAGAGAUUUUGUCUUCAGAGAGAGCGGCACUGCCAGUGUAGCUCUGGACCUUAAACUGAUUCACUCCUGCAGCCUGGUCAAGGUGACGCUGCUCAGACUAAACAACCUGCGGACCCCCGGAGGCACGCUACCCGUCCAGUUGGCCCAGCAGGUGGGCGGACAGAUGCCUGACGGUACCCAGUGGGCCAGCGUAAGCUUGCGGGCGUCCUUCCGGGUGGAGAAUGGAACCGCAGUGUUCUUCGCCCUGGACUGCGUACGGGGACGAGUCAACCAGGUCAGCCAUCACGCAGGAAGUGGAGUGUCACUUCUCUGGGUGGCCGCGUAGCAUCACACCUUCGUCCCUCUUUUUCCAUUUCAGCUGGAGGUUAGCAUACCAUCUGACACAUAUCGCCAGAAAUGAUAUUUUUUGUUCGGCCUUUCCUUUGCAGCUAUAUCCAGAAAUACGUUAGUGACGACUCAAAAUGAUGAUGGCGACGGAAGGAAACAUUUCUAUAAAAUGAGAAAGGACCUGAAAUUGUCGUCGUUCUCCAUUUCCAUUUCGCUCACGGGAAGCAAAGACUGUGGCUAUUUCCUUUUGGUUUGUCUUUCGCUGAGGCCGGCCACCUCCCCCGCUCGCCAUUUCUACUCAGUCCGUCUACUUGUGCAUUUGUCGCUGUCGCUUUAGCAAGUUUCUGCGAGCGCUAUAAGAAAGCAUGCCGUAGCCUGCGUCGUCUAAUAUCAAAAAGACUUCAGGGUGAAUAUUUUCCUCCUCACGCGAGAUUGCCAGAGAACCUUUCCAAAGUUCUGGCCACGUUUCCUGCUGUCACAUAAAACGAGUACUUUGUUGUGAACCCGUGUUAGUUGCAUUUUGUAAUGAGAGUAUCUCCUGCCUGCCUUGCUCAAUGGCUGAGACUCGUGCGUUCCACAAAGGCCCCGUCACAGUGCCAAUGUCCUGGGGUGGCAGCAGAUGAGGCCACAGCAAAGUUUACAUUUGAUAGGUAUGGAAAUACAAGAAAUGCAUUUUUUGGUACCUAUUUUCUGCCACUACUCUUGGCGGAACCUUCCAGAUGGUUCCAUUUAGACGGGAGAUCAAAGAGCUCAUUUUUCAUCCAUUUAUUUGACUAAAUGACGUUCAUCAAAGCCCGGAGGCCUUCCGACAACCUCCUCAAUCCCUCGGUGCGAAAUCGCUUUGGCAUAAAAUCCAAAACCGGUGGAGCAGUCGACGUGGGCAAACACCCGCAGGUUAGCGUCUGUGUGUGUGUGUGUGUCCAGGCUAUGAACGACGCUAUGAAUAAAAAUUUAUUGGAGGUGCCUGAAGAGAGCCACAGGUCUAAAAAAAAAAAAAAAAAAGAGUACUGGGGAGGUCAUUGGCCCUUCGACUUUUGAAUUUAAGUUGCUUUCAUUGAAUGUUUGCGUCAGAAUAAAACUUUUUCCAAACACUCAGGGCAUCCGUGAGACAUUCUUGUCAAAAGUCAAACUAGGAGAUG